AUGGAUGUUGAAUUAUCAACUAUAAAGAAAUGGAUCAUACUGUAUCCAGUUUACAUAAAUUCGAAAAAAACUGUAACCGAAGGAAGACGAAUUUCCGUUUCCAAAGCAUGUGAAAACCCUACAUGCGUUGAAAUCGGUGAUUGCUGCUCUUUUCUUAAACUUCCAUUUGCAAUUGAGAUUGAUAAGGCUUGUCCUCGUGAUUUCAUGCCAAGGGGGGACCUUAAGGUUUUGCUGAAAAGAGAAGAUGGAACUCUUUGUAAUUCUUCCAUUUCAUCCCGAAAGCAACUAAUGCUUCGUGUUGCUGAGAUGGUACCAAAACAUCAUGGAAGGACUAAGAAGCAGGAGACUGUAUCAGCAUCAAGCACCGCUCCUUCCAACAAAUCCGGGAAGGGUGGAAAAAAGAGGAGAUGA